UUUCAUUCAUUGGUUUGCCACACUGCAAUUCAACUGCUAGCGAAGAUGGCUUUUCAGACUCCCCCAGAAGUACUGCUUCGCCAAUGCCUGCGUGCCUGUAAUGUUCUGAAACACAACCGAAGUCUUCUCAGUGUGUCUCCGAUCAAAUGCUCGGCCAGGACAUACAAAGCUGCUGUCUGCACAAAACUUGGUCAUCCUAUGGAAAUAAGAGAGACAGAUUUCCCCUCAAGUUUGGGAGCCUCAGAGGUGUUACUAUCAGUUCAUGGAAACGGCAUCAACUUUGCGGACAUUUUGUCUAGUAAGGGACAGUAUCAAAUGAAAGUGGAGCCUCCUUUUGUUCCAGGUUCUGAGAUUGCUGGCAAGGUGGUGGAAGUUGGGUCUGGUGUCAACAAUGUGAAGAAAGGAGAUCGUGUCUUCUGUAUUUUGGGAACUUCUGUUGGAGGAGCUUCUGAGUACUGUGUUGCUGACUGUCAGGGGCUUAUCCCAGUCCCAGACAAUCUGAGCUUGGUAGAGGCAGCAGCCACUAUUGUCAACUAUGGGACGGCUAUGAUGGCUCUGAAUAGGAAGGCUAAGCUCAAGAAACGAGAGCGUGUUCUUGUCACUGCCGCUGCUGGAGCGACAGGUCUGGCCAUCACAGACAUUGCCAAGAAUAUGUUCGACUGCGAGGUGAUUGCUGUGUGCGGUGGCCAAGACAAGUGCAACUUUUUGCUGGAGCAUGGUGCUGCUAAAGCCAUUGACUACACAAAAGAGAGCAUCAGGGACAAGGUCAAGGAGUACACUGGGGGUCAGGGGGUCAACGUGGUCAUGGAUCAGGUUGGAGGAGACACCUUGCUGGAAUGCAUUAAAAGUAUGGGCUUUGAAGGACGAGCGGUGACAAUUGGAUAUGCUUCUGGCAAGAUCCCCAGCAUUCCUGCUAACAUUCUUUUGCUCAAGUCGGCUUCGCUGAUCGGCGUGUUCUGGGGCAGCUACUCCAUGGCAAACCCUGUGGCCUUCUAUGAGUCCAUCACUCAAGUACUGCAAGGCGUGGGGGAGAAUAAGCUCCGCCCUUACGUGGGGCAGACCUUCCCUCUGGAUCAGGUCAAUGAAGCAUACCAGUACAUUCUGGACCGCAAGUCUAUGGGAAAAGUGGUUAUUAAAAUGAAAGAGGAAGAUCACCCAGCUGAACUGUGAGGGAUGCCUUCAUGCUGAAGACCAAAACCAUUUUUGCUAAAAACCAAGAAAUGUUCCUUUUUUUUUUGUUUGUUAAGUUUUGAAUUUGUUUAUAUUAAAAGUACCUGGACAGUGUUUUCUUCUUUUGGGUGUUUAUGUAACAUAGAAAAUGUAAUAGCAAAGCAUAUUCGAGAACUGUCCCCAUAUUUGUUAGUCUUUCUUUCAAUUUUUCAUGUGUGUACUCUGCUCUUUUUGACAAAUUGAAAUAUGUUGCUUUUUUCAAAUUGAAGCUGGACCAAUGGAAAAACAGCAUAUAUAUAUGUAGCCUACAUGGUGUAUUCUCCUAGAUAAGGACCAAAUAAAAAAAUAAUGCGCCUGUGAAUUUUGUCCACAGGUUCAUAGUUCUGUCUGAUUUAUCAUUGUAAAAAUGUUGUUGGAGUAUAUAAUAUAUAACCUAGUUUAAAGUUUCACUCAGGUAAUGUGUGAAAUUGUAGUUUUUGUCUUUUGUUUAUGGUCAAGGGGGAGCAGCUUUUGAUGCCUUCUGGACAGGUCCAGAUUUAGUCUUCUCUUCUCUCUUUCUGGAAUCUCACUAAGUCUAGAGGUAUGGCAUCAGUUACAAGCUGAGUCUCUGUUUUCCCGACCUUUUCCUUUUGCUUUGUUUUCCCUUCCCUCUCUUCUUUAUUUUUUCCUCAUAUAUCUAUCUCUUUCAAACGUCAAAUAUUUAUUCCUUCUCCCUCCUCCCCCCCCUCCCCCCUCCUGCACACUGAGGUGUCUUUUUUAUUCCGUAGUAGGGAUCAUUUGAGCCCAGGGAUAAGAUGUUUGACUUGCAAUUAAAAUGUUAUGAGUUUGAAUUCCUGCUCUGUGGAAUAGAAUGUUGUAUCCUUUCAAAAGAUACUUUUCUCACUUCUUCUUGGUUCAUCCAGCAGCAAAUGGAUACAGGGUGCUACACUAUGGCAUGAUUUGUCAUUCUCUCCUUAUUGGUUGGAUGUUUGACAUUUUCUGAUCUUAUGUUUACUGGUACUUAUAUUUAUUUUUACGUAUGCACAGUAUGUGCUGUUGUUACUUUUCUCCAUGUGAACAAAUAGAAA